UGUGCAGUUUACUUAGACUUCAAGUGGAGACUGAAGAACCUCUAUGUUGUGAGGUAGAGGUAGUGCAUGGUGCGAAAGGACGACCUAAAUUCUGCAUUCAGAAGGAAAAGCUGCAAGACCUGAUGGAGACCCAGUUGCCAAUCCCAUGUAUUGCACAGUUAUUAGGAGUAAGCGAGCGUACAAUAUUUCGACGCUUGAUGGAGUUUGGAAUUUCUGUGAGAGGCUCCUACAGCUCAAUGCCAGAUGAGGAGCUCGAUAAUGUAGUGAGGAGCAUCAAAGCUCAGAUGCCUCAUCUUGGCUACAGGCUUGUAAUGGGAAGACUUAGGUCUUUAGGUCACCGGAUACAGUGGAGCAGGGUAAAAGCAUCUAUGCACCGAGUGGAUGGCACGGGGGCUCUUUCUCGACUAACACAGUUAGGAUGUGUUGUGAGAAGAAGUUAUUCAGUAAGAGCACCACUUUCACUUGUUCAUGUGGACACAAACCACAAACUCAUAAGGUUCAACAUAGUCAUUUUUGGGGGCAUUGAUGGCUUUUCCAGAAAGGUUAUGUACCUAGAAGCUGCCAACAACAACAAGGCAUCGACAGCCUUCAAGUUUUUUCUGUCUUCAUGUGAGAAAAAUGGUUUGCCUUCCAGGGUCAGAGGUGAUCAAGGUGUGGAGAACCUAGAUAUUGCACAGUUCAUGUUUACUGUGCAAGGAACUGAUAGAGGAAGUUUCAUCUCUGGUAAGAGUGUCCACAAUCAGAGGAUUGAGAGAUUGUGGCGGGAUGUAUGGAUGGCUGUAACAAAAAACUAUUAUGAGAUCCUGCACAGUCUGGAAGAGGAUGGGCUACUAGACAUCUCAAAUACAUUGCACAUCUUCCUGCUGCACUUUGUUUUCCUUCCCCGGCUUCACAGAGACCUCCAAACUUUUACUGAGGGUUGGAACAAUCACCCUCUACGCACAGAGGGUAACAUGACUCCCCAUCAGUUGUGGGACUUAGGACUGCUACACAGCAGAACAAAUGAGGAUGUAAAUGAACAUCCAGACCUCAACAUAGAUUGGGAGAGUGCUCUACACCAUGUUGAGACUGAUGAGCAAACCGGGCUGGGUGUUCCUGAAUUUCCCUCUCCUCUAAAUGACCACGAAAUGAGAGAGCUUCAAGCCAUUGUGGAUCCCACAGCCCCUUCUGAAUCUUAUGGUCGAGACAUAUUCUGUCGCUGUAUUCAGAUCUUCCAGUAAAAACAAUAACAGGAAUAUGGGCCUGUCCUGUAAUCCACUGCAAGAAGGCGCUUGGAGACAGGGAUGAGCCAUUCUCAGAACUCAAA